AUUUUCAGGUAAACAUAACCUCUUUUCUGUAUUUAGUUCACCAGCCUGCCUAACCAACCUCAAUUUUAUUUGACUACAAGUUCCUUCGUCAUCAUCAAAACCACUUCAACCGGUUCAAUCCCCGGUUCGCCCCUGAAACUCUCCGGUUUUCGACAAUCUAAGCCCGGUUCAACGACCGCGUAGUUGUUCUCCGGUCGCCGGAAUAUUGUGAUUGGUGGAAAGUGGCGAGGAGGAGAGUGGUAUGACGUCGGGGACGAGGCUUCCGACAUGGAAGGAGAGAGAGAACAACAAGAGGAGAGAGAGGCGGAGGAGAGCGAUCGCUGCGAAGAUCUAUGCGGGCUUGAGGAUGUACGGCAAUUACAAGCUUCCCAAGCACUGUGAUAACAACGAGGUCUUGAAAGCUCUCUGUAGAGAAGCUGGUUGGAUCGUCGAAGAAGAUGGCACUACCUACAGAAAGGGAUACAAGCCUGUGGAACACAUGGAAAUAAUGGGUGGGUCAGCAUCAGCAAGCCCAUGCUCAUCAUAUCAACCUAGUCCAUGUGCAUCCUACAAUCCAAGCCCCACUCCAUCUUCAUUUCCUAGCCCAAUCUCAUCGCCUUAUGCUGCGAAUGCCAUUAGCAAUGGUGACGCUAACUCCCUCAUCCCAUGGCUCAAAAACCUCUCAUCAGGAGGCUCAUCCAAGCUCCCUCACCAUCUCUACAUCCAUGGAAGUUCUAUAAGUGCUCCGGUCACCCCACCAUUGAGCUCCCCUACAGCUCGGACUCCACGAAUGAAUGAUAAUUGGGAUGAUCGAACCGCUAGUGCUCCCUGGGCUGCGCAGCACCAGACAUUUUUACCCUCUUCUACCCCACAAAGUCCUGGUUAUCAAACCCCGCCUGACUCAGGUUGGCUCUCUGGUGUUCAAACUCCCCAAGAUGGACCAUCAUCUCCUACAUUUAGCCUUGUCGCAUCAAACCCAUUUGGCUUCAAGGAGGCAUUUUUAGGUGGAGGGUCUCGAAUGUGGACUCCUGGGCAAAGUGGAACAUGCUCUCCAGCAAUUGCAGCAGGGUGUGAUCAAACCUCGGAUGUUCCAAUGUCAGAUGGGAUUGCAGCUGAGUUUGCAUUUGGUAGUAACACAAAGGGGUUGGUGAAGGCAUGGGAAGGAGAGAGAAUUCACGAGGAAUGUCUUGGUGACGACCUUGAGCUUACACUUGGCAAUUCUACAACUAGAUAGGAAGAUCUGAAAAGAGAAAGGAGAGAGAAAAAUAUAGUUGUAUUCCACUGGUUUAUACCUUUCUUUGUGAAAAUCAACCAGUCACUAUUUAUCAUGUUGAUCAGUCUGAGUUCGAGGUAUUCUGCUUGGCAGAUGAGGAGAAUUCAAAAUAUAGAGAAUUGUAUCAGUUUUUCUUUCUUUUUCUUUGUUCUUUGUUAGUUUUUAUUAUUAUUAGUUCUUUUUUUUUUUGGGUGGGGGAUUAAAUUGUUAAUUAAACUAUAAAUAGUUCAUGUGGUGAUU